CUCCGAUCCAAACUUCGGCUUGGUCCAAUGCGGUCUCGCACUAGACCAUUGAAAGCAAGUGGAAAAGUUUGACGUGAGAAUCAACCGAUGCGAACUGGACAUAAAUUACUCAAACUCAUUAGUCUUUCGAUUGUGAAUAUCGAGGUUGUCAAACCGAUUUAAACCGUUGCGUUGAUUUAGUGAGUGGAAUGAUACGACCGAUUUGUUUUGAUUCAUGUCGGCUAAAUAAAAUAACAAGUACUCAUAUUUAAAUACAACAUUUAACGUCAAUAGUUACAUGUUUGUACAUGAAUCCAACAAAUUACAUAAACUUUUAACUUUUGUAUUAAUAAAAUAUGUAAUAAAUUCAUAAAAUAUGUAAAAUUCAUUUUUUAUUUUAACUUUACUAAAACGACGUCAUUUUACUUACAUUUUGUAAAUCGAUCGUGUCGAUUAUAUCGAUGGUGCCAUCAUGUUCAACCGACUGACAUGCCAUGGCCCAUGCGUGAGGAAUAUGAGGAUCAAGACGACUAGACGAGGCCCGGCCGGCGGCCUAUAAUGGGCGAAUGAUCCCGUCCCAAUGGGCCACAAGCCUACAACUCAAAGUGUUCCCUGGUAGUUAUCAUAAAUGGUCACAAAACUAUUCACUUUGUACAAAACGGUCACAAACCUUUAAUUUUUGCACGUUUCAAUAACAUAUGUUUCAAUUAAUAACAAAAAGGUAAUUCCGUCCAUCUCCAUCCAAAAUUCUGUUAGUUUGCUCCAGUCAGCUGCCACAUCAUCAAAAUAAUUAUUAAAAAAUAAAAUAAAACCAAUUAAACCCUAACCAACCCAAUCCAAUCCAAUCCAACCCAACUCAUUCUUCUGUCUCCUUCCCUCUCCGCCACAAUCUCCGCUCCGCCUUCUCAGCUUCCACUCAAAUUUAUCGUCAUAAUAACAAUCUCUGCACCGCCUUCGAGAUCCGUCGAGAUUCGCACGUUCUUGUAGAUCCCUCUACUAAGCUUCCGCUCCAAUUUUGUACCUCUGCUAAGUUGAGUACAAAAUUGUACAUGGUGGGCAGAGCUCUGCUUGCAGAUCGAGCUUGUGCCUCCACUGUUAGAUUCUAAAAUCGGAUUUCGAUGGUGGGAAGCUCGAUCCCACCUCUGUAUCAAAUCAAAGCGCGCCUUUCGGACAAAAGGAAGAAAGGAAAAAUAGAAAAGGACAGAGCAUAUGAUUUUGGUGAGCAUAUUUUGGUUUAGUUUUACUACCCCAUGAGAUUGACCCGCAAGUGGAUGCUCAACUCGACGAAGAGCUCAUACAUCUGGUCCAGAUCGGCGACGUUCCCAUGGGAGUAAAGCAUAGUGGAAGUAGCCAUGGGAUGUCUUAUGUACAUCGCCACUACCUCCGUCCCCUUUCUCGUUGGCAGCUAUAGGAUUUUCACGUUUUCCCGGUGCGGGAAAGAGCUCAGCAGCAAAAGACUCGUCAUUUCGUCUGCCACCGACUUAUGGUGGGUUCGGCGGAAAGAAGGCCAAUUUCGACGCCAUCGAUGAAGUAACCCCUCCCAUCUCCCUCUAUCUGCACUAUGUUCCCCGCCCUCCCCUGUUUCUACCGAACUGAACUUGCUCUGUUUUUUCUUUCCUCCAACGGAGCAGAAUUUCUUCACUGUUCAUCAAACCGAAUGGGUAGGAAGAAAGAAGGAGGAGGAGGAAAAAGGGGAAAGAAACAUUCCAAAGGUUUCCAGAAGAACAAACAGACCUUCUUCUUCUUUCUUUUUUGCAGGAAAAGUAAAUGCAACAGGGGAAGUUCCUUUUCCCUUUUGUUUAUCUGCCUUUACUUUGAUGAUGUGGACAGGUGACUGGACAGCUGACGGAUCAAACUAAUAGAAUUUUGGAUGGAGAUGGACGAAAUUAUCUUUUUGUUAUUAGUUGAAACAUAUGUUACUGAAACGUGAAAAAUUAAAGAUUUGUGACUCUUUUGUACAAAGUGAAUAUUUUUGUGACCAUUACUACCGUAGCUUAAUUUGGCGGGAAAUGCGAGACCAAUAAACAAUUGAGGAUUGAAAUACUUAAAUAUAAGAAAUAGAAUGGAUGGAGAUGGCCAUGCGUUGACUUCCUUGGUCAACGGAGAAGCUGUGGGAAUCAAAAAGUUCCAGUUCCUCAUUUAAGCAUUCUCAGGCAGUGAAGUUCGAUCCAAGAGGGCUUCUCUGUUUUUUUUUGUGCAUGCAAUUGUACUUUUGUCGCCAAUUGAUCUGACCUGACUCGCUCUGCAACCAUGAUUCUAGUCUCCGGCAUCGUCUCCACCGUCGUCGAGCAACUGGGCUCGAUCUUGGUGGAGGAGCUCAAGCAGAGCGCGCGUCUCGUGGUCGGCGCUGACAGAAACGUCCGCAACCUCACCGCAACCUUCAAGCUCAUCCAGGCCGUGCUCGCGGAUGCGGAGGAGCAGCAGCUGGAGGACAAGGUCACCGAGCUCUGGAUCGACGAGCUUCAAAUCAAAGCCUACGAGAUGGAGGAUCUACUCGACGAGUGGUCAACGGCGAUCCUCAAACGUCAAAUCGAAGGAUCGGACAGCCGGGAGGAGGAGCAACUCAGCUCGCUCGAGACUCGCCUUCUCCAGAUCUCAGUUUUCUUCAGCAGCGUAUGUGAUUAUCUCCCUACCUCCUGCUUUUCCUUUCGGGAAAUCCCCAUGCGGUACGAUAUCUCUAGGAGAAUCAAGGAUCUGAAUGCGGAACUCGAUUUCAUUGCCGAAGGGAGAAAUCGUUAUAAAGAGAUUGUUCCCACUAGUCAGCCUCAGAAGAAAUUUGUUGCGUCUAGGGUGACUAGUCAUGUCCUGGAUGCAGCAGUUCAUGGUAGGGAUUUGGAGAAGAGUCAAAUCUUGGAGUUUCUAAUGGGGGGGAACAUUGCAAAUCUCAAGAUUGCAUCUAUUGUAGGGAUGGGUGGAUUGGGGAAGACUACAUUUGCUCAGCUUCUGCACAAGGAAAUGAAGGGUCAUUUUGACAGUAGCAUCUGGGUGUGCGUCUCUAAUUCAUUUGAUGAGUUCAAGGUUGCCAAUGAGAUCCUCGAAUCUCUAUCGGGUGAGAAACCGGGCUCUUCAAGUUUGUCUGUGAUUUUAGGGAAGAUAGAAAGAGAGGUUGAGAAGAAGAAGUUCUUUCUUGUUCUGGACGAUGUGUGGGAAGACUCGAUAGAUAGCUGGAGGUCAAUAAUGGCUUCUCUAUCAAGCGGUUUAUCUGGAAGCAGAGUCUUGGUGACUACUCGUCGUAAUGAUGUUGCUAAUGCUUUGAGCAUGUGUAUUGCCAAUAAUCUUCUGGUGGGUAGCAAUGAGUCCUCCCGAACACUGGAACUAAAGGAGUUAUCUAUGGAGGCUUGUAUGGCGGUUUUCAGUCAAUGGGCAUUCUUCAAAUGGGAUGAGAAAGAGUGUGGACGGGUAAAAGAUAUUGCCGAUAUGAUAGUUAGAGAAAAAUGUCAUGGUUCGCCUCUGGCCGCAAGGAUUCUAGGAAGCUUUCUUUCCUCCAAAAAGUCUAGGCCAGAAUGGAACAAAGUGUUGCACAGUGGGAUAUGGGGAGUGGAAAAGCUCAGAACUGAUCUCUUUGCACAUAUGUGGUUAAGCUAUUAUGAUUUAUCCCCACAAUUGAGACAAUGUUUUUCCUACUGUGCAAUUUUUCCUCAGGAUUUUGUGAUUAGAAAAGACACACUGAUUAAGUUGUGGAUGGCUCAAGGUUAUCUUGGAUCACCUUCGAAAGAGGAGGACCUGGAAUUGAUCGGAGAUAUGUACUUUGAAAGUUUAGCUGCUCGUUCUUUCUUCCAAGACAUCAAAAAAAGUAGCAUGGUUGAUAACAUUGUUACAUGUCGAAUGCAUGACUUGGUGCAUGAUUUUGCUGAAUUCGUUUCAAGCGAUGAAUCUUAUGGCAAUGAUGUUGAUGUGAUCAAGGAGUCUAAAAUGGAUACCUUCAGCAAAAGAUUGCAUCAUUUGAGAGUUGUUGUAUCCUCCAACGGACAACUUCACUUCCCUUGUUCUCCUGAUGCUUUUAAGAGCCUGCGCACCCUUUUGGUUCUUCGUGUAAAUUUUUUUCGUGUGAGUAACCUCCCUAAUGAUCUCGCCAAUUUACCAAAGUGUCUACGAUCAUUAAGCCUAAGUAAUUGUGGUGUCAAAGGGUUGCCACCUACUAUAAGCAGGCUUGUACAGUUGAGAAUGCUAGACUUAUCUCAUAAUUUUGACUUGGAGGAGUUGCCUAAUGAGUUAUGUGAUUUGCUUAAUCUACAAACUUUGAAUGUAGAGCACUGUCUCUGUUUGAAAAGAUGGCCACAAUGGAUGGAGAAACUAGUCAGCUUGAGACAUUUAAUUAAUGUUGGCGGAAGAGGGUCCAUUCCUAGAGGGAUCGGUAGGCUCACAGGGCUUAGAACAUUGUCAGAGCUGAGACUGGGCGAAAAUGGUGUUACACCUUCUCUUAGAGAUCUGCAGAACUUCAACCACCUCUCUGGAAACUUACUCAUAUCGGGAUUGGGAGAAUCAUCGGAGCAUGCAAAGGAUGCCGAGCAUGCCCAACUGGAGAGUAAAAAGCACAUCACCAAUCUGUCGUUGGCAUUCAAAGAAGAUGACCUACCGUCAAAGCAGAUGAUAGCUGAGCAUCAAAAGAUGGUUGAAGCACUGAAACCAUCAAUGAAUCUGGAAGUUUUAGCCAUUCGACACUAUCUAGGCAAAGUGAGUCCUAGCUGGCUGCCAUUGCUAAUCAAUCUGACCAGGCUUACACUCUAUGAUUUUACAGAGUGCUUGCAAUUGCCCCCUCUGUGGAAGUUGCCAUACCUUGAGUAUCUCGAACUAGAUGGCUUUCGUGGAGUGGACGUUGAUUUUUUCGGGAGAAGGGAAAUUGGUAGUGACAAGAUUGUUGCAUUCCCUAGUCUAGUAGAACUGAAGAUUACGUCGUUCAAAUACUGGUAUCAGUGGGAGUAUACCAAGGAAGAAACGACUAGAUAUGCAGAGAUCUUGCCUUGCCUUCGCAAUCUGUACAUAGGAUUCUGCGAUGAUUUGGAGAAGCUUCCGGACCAACUUAUCCAGAAGCCAACGCUGCAGACGCUAAAACUCACAUAUUGCUACCACCUUUGUUCUUUGUAUCAACUGGGCGGAGAAGAACGCCACAAAGUUGCUCACAUUCCUGCAGUCGUUAUUGAUAAAAACGAGUGCAUUUGCGGCAAAGCACUCCCAUUCAACGAGCUCUGCGAUUGUUCAUCCUUUGAUUACAUGAUGGAUGGAAUGUCCUACGACUGAACAACAGGUAAAUUUCAGCGGCACUUUCUCCUUUCACUACUUAAUUAAUAGUAUGCAAAUCCUGCCGGUUCCAGUUUCUUACCAUACAAACAAAGGGAAAAGGCUUAUGUCUCAGACCAAUCUAUUUAUCCACCAUCUAGUUUUGGUGAAAAUAUUAGGAAUUUAAAUAAAUUUUAGCAAUCACAAAAUAGUUAGUGCUCGAUGGGAUAAAGUGGUACCAGUUAGUCGAGUUCUAUGAGAUUGUGUAAAUAAAAUAAACCGGUUUAUGAUAUAUAAUAUUGAUUGAUGCGUGUGAAAAACUAAGUUAUGUGUUUGAAUGUAAGUGAACUUACAAAUGGUAUAGAUAGUAAGUGAACAUGAUCCAUUAAUAAAAUUGUGUGAAAACCACUUUGGCCAAAUCGAUAGGGAGGUUAGGAAUCAUUUCGACAAGCAAAUUUGGGUGUGUUUCUCUGAUCCCUUUGACGAGCUGCGGAUUGCCAAAGCAAUCCUUGGAUCUCUUUUUGGGGGAAGAAGCCGGAGCUAGAUGAGCCAUCAGCUAGGUUGGAGGAGAUAUAUAGUAUUGUUAGUCAAUUAACGUACUUGUUGGUUUUGGAUGAUGUGUGGGAAGCAGAUUUCAGUAUGCGGGAAGAACUACUGGGCUCACUGGGUGGUGGAAAAGCAGGGAGCAGAAUUUUGGCGACUGCCCGUAAGCUGCUGCUUUGCUUUGCUCUUCUGAGGCUCACAUGUUUCAGUUGCGGCCAUUGUCAUAGGAGGCUUGUUGUUCAGUAUUUGAGCAACACGCUUUUCUGGGAUAUGAUGGGAAACAUCAUCCUUAGGUUGAAGAGCUUGGUAAGGAAAUAGUGAGACAGAAGUGUGGUGGGUUUGCCUCUUACAGCGAAAAAUCUAGGAUGCUUUAUGUGUCCUAAAGAAAUCCAGACAGCAUCAACUGUGGGACUCUGCCUCUCCGCGCGCGAGGGAAAUUGAUGUCGCUCGAGCUGCGUGUGAUUUGCCUGUGAAGAAGGUGGGGCUCGAGUUCUUGGGAGGCAGUGUUGCUGAUGCUGCAUUUCCCAAGCUGGUAGAGCUCCAGUUUUCUCUGGACUACUUGUUAAUUGUCUAGGGUUUCCACUACCCUAUAUCCAGUGUGACAAUUAGUUCAUGUUCUUUUGUCAUAAUGAUGAUCACUAUUAUGUGAAGUGAUGAUUAUGUAUAGUAAGCAACUCCUGCUGAUUCGCCAUUUCUGCAGUUGAAGAUAAUGAACGAAGGUGUCACAU